AUGGAUACGAAGUCAACCAAGGAUACUAAUGGUUGCAAUAACAAGCCUAUGGCUCUGACCGUGACGGUGACUGUGGCUUCUUUAGAGGGCAGGGAGGUUGCAGAUCAUAGCAAUAGAGAAGAUGAGAAAGAUUCCAAUUCUUUGUUGCCUGCUCCAAGAGGAGGAAUGUCACGGAAAUCGGAUAAGACUAAAAGGAAAAGGAAAGUGCAGUGGAACGAUAAGAUAGGAAACAAGCUUGUUGAGGUUUUGGAAUACGUACCAAGUGAUGUUAGUGACUCAGACUCAGAGGAUGAGGGUGUGGAUUCUUGUGUCUGUUCAAUAAUGUAG